UCUCUCUCUCUCUCUCUCUCUCUCUCCAGAAAUCAAAAGAGAGAAAAAACCCUUCUUUUUUCUUUUUUCCCCCUUGAUGCCCGAAACUAAGAUUUAAAAACCCCAAAAGGACUGUUGAAAAAGCUACAGAUUCCUCCAUUCAUGGCGGAGGAUGCGAAGGGCAAGAUCGGAAACAGAAAAAAUCCGUCCUUUUAAAAGAGAGAAAUCUCCUGGUCAGAUAUAUUAUUCCUUCACCUUUUGCUUGUGCAUGCAAUGUAAUGGUGGUAUCUAGCUUUUUCGAAGACCAUCGAGAUAACAAGGUUGAAUAAACAGCGCUAGCAUUAUAGGAGGAUAUCUGGAGGAAAUCCUUCUAGUUUGUGGAAUCAAAUAGGCACUUGAAUCCCAUUACUCAUUUGAAUGGUUUUUCUUGAUAUAAGAAUAUCGAGCAUAGGACCAAUUUCAUGGCAUUGUUGCAUUCAUGCAUGAAUCCUGUGUUGAACAAAGGGAGGCUGUUACCAAAUUGGAAGAAACCUCAUAUUGGUCUGGUCACUAGCUCAUUAGAUAUACAACUCAUUCAUGCAUUUUGGAACUCCUUGGAAUACAGAGGUGUUAAUGAUGUGCUAUAAAGAGGAGCCAUGGCACAUGCAUCUGAGAAGAGAUUUCCAGUCAGCUCAAAAGACUACAAAUUGUAUGAGGAAGUUGGUGAAGGCGUCAGCGCUACUGUGUACAGGGCUCUCUGUGUUCCGCUCAAUGAGAUGGUUGCUAUCAAGGUCUUGGACCUUGAAAAAUGCAAUAAUGAUUUGGAUGGGAUUCGUAGGGAGGUGCAGACUAUGAUCUUGAUUGAUCAUCCCAAUUUACUACGAGCACAUUGCUCUUUCACCUCAGACCAUAGCCUAUGGGUUGUGAUGCCUUACAUGGCUGGGGGAUCUUGCCUUCAUAUAAUGAAAUCUGCUUAUCCAGAAGGCUUUGAAGAGCAAGUUAUUGCAACACUAUUACGUGAAGUUCUUAAAGCUCUUGUUUAUCUCCAUGCCCAUGGGCACAUCCACAGAGAUGUCAAGGCUGGAAACAUUCUAGUUGAUUCUAAUGGUUCUGUCAAGUUAGCAGACUUUGGAGUUUCGGCAUGCAUGUUUGAUACUGGGGACAGACAACGCUCAAGGAAUACGUUCGUGGGGACCCCAUGCUGGAUGGCCCCGGAAGUUAUGCAGCAGUUACAUGGAUAUGAUUUUAAGGCAGACAUUUGGUCAUUUGGAAUAACUGCUUUAGAACUUGCCCAUGGUCAUGCUCCAUUUUCUAAGUAUCCGCCGAUGAAGGUUUUGCUCAUGACCUUACAAAAUGCACCACCAGGUCUCGAUUAUGAAAGGGACAGGCGAUUUUCAAAGUCUUUUAAAGAGAUGGUAGCUGCUUGCCUAGUGAAGGACCCAAAGAAGCGUCCCACUUCUGAAAAACUUUUGAAGCACCAUUUCUUUAAACAAGCCCGUCCAUAUGAAUAUCUUGCUCGAACCAUUCUCGAAGGCCUUUCUCCACUUGGUGAACGUUUUAGGAUACUGAAGGCAAAAGAGGCUGACUUUCUUGUACAGAACAAGGCAGCGUAUGGGGAUAAAGAGCAUUUGUCACAGCAAGAGUACAUUCGUGGAAUCAGUGCAUGGAAUUUUAAUCUGGAGGAUUUGAAAGCUCAAGCUGCCAUUAUUCAGGAUGAUGAUGGAAUUUCCAUUGUGGAAGAUUCAGAUAUGAAUAGCAGGUCAAAGGAUGGAAAUGAUAUUGUGGAUUUUGCACCAAGGGUGCAGUCUCCUGAAAGAGCUAAUCAUGUUGAAUCUGUGACUGAACAGGAGGAUGGCCUCCAUGAUCUUCCAAGUGUGGAGGGUUCACUUGCUUCUUCAUUUCCUCUUCGUCCUCUUCAGGCGCUUAAAGGUUAUUUUGAUAUCUGUGAGGAUGAUGUCAAUGCAACCAGUCCUAAUUGGAAGGACACUAUUCAAUCAGAUUCUGAACAACCCUUUCAACGACAGCAGUCGUCAGAAGCAGAGGAUCAAGGAACUCGAAAGAAUAAUGGUGAGAACAUGGAAAGAAAUAGCUCUUUGCCCAGGAACAAUGUUCCUGGGCAACGUCAAAAAGUCUUGAGUGGUUCACUUCUACAACAGAAUGUUCUUACCUCUUCUAGAAAAGUUGCAGGGGAUGGGGACAGGGAAAGUGUACAACAGAAAUAUCCAAGCGAACGGAAUUAUAGUGGUCCAUUGCCGUAUCGUCAAAAGAGGGAUAUCAACAAUAACCAUACAUCUGUGCCCAUGAAUGGAUUAGAGGAUACUUCGGAUGGAGCAGUUGUCCAACGGAAGGGGCGCUUCAAGGUCACUUCAGCAGAGGUCAGUUCUAAGGGCGGUCCAUCAACAAACUGUUUAGGCAACUCUGUUUGUGGAACCUCAAACAUAUCUACUGUUAUGGCUUCCGCAGUUCUUCCAUCAUUGCAACAUAUCUUGCAGCAAAACGCCAUGCAAAGGGAGCAAUUAAUUAAAUUGAUCAAAUGCAUGGAGCAAACACCUGGCGCUCCCACAGAGCUUGCUGAUGCAGGCACCAGUGACCUUCUGCAGAUGCAGGUUCUUCCAGUCUCUGGUAGGGAAAGAGAACUGCAAUCUCAAGUGCUUCAUCUGCAACAAAGCAUUGGAAGCAUUAAUGAAGAGUUGCAAUUAUUGAAGAUGAAAAAUGCUCAGAUCGAACGAGAGUUGAAUGCUGUGUUCAACAAACAACAGUAAGACAGGAUACUGAAAGAGAACAGAGAAUGCUGAUAUCCCACCGUUGAUUAUUUAGUGGAAGGCCUUGUGGGCUGGCAGGCUGCGAUGCAAGAUGCCAUUUUCACAGCUCUCAUACUUCAGAUGGUCUUUGACCUGUAUUUUCACUGUACAAUUAUGAUGUGGGUAAGGCAUACACAACCCAAUUUUGAGAUGCUAUUAUCCCUUGGAGACUCACAGUCGUGGCUUGUAAUUAAAAUAUAAAUAAUAUUAGAUUUAUUUACAUUCUAUUUUUAUA